AUGGCGAAGAAGGUCAACAGCGAACCAAUCUUAUCGAACUUGAAAGAUGAAUCAAACAACGUUGAUUCAGCUAUUGCUGACGAUGACGACUUUUACGCCUCUUCAAACGGAAGCACGUCACUGUUUAAUGACUCACCACAAUUGAUGCGUAGCGAUUCAUCUACAUCAGUUCCGUUUUUGGAUCUAUCCAAGCUAGUGUUUGCUAGGGACUUCGACUUUGGACUAGACUUGAAUGGGGUUAGCAAUUCAACGAAAAGGAGAAUCAAUAGUGUCAAGAAUAAGACGAGGGAGAAGUUUAGCAUAUACAACAAGAAGGGGAAUAUUGAGUUGGAUAAGUUGCAGGAAAUUUUGAACCAAAGAUUGUCCAAAUUCGAUGAAAGGAUACAUAAAAAUCUUACCAGUACGUCUACUGAAAAGUUGUUUUAUGCGAUUAGUGUGUUUACUAUUGCAUGUGCUGGAUUCACAAUCGGCAAGUACCCGGAAUACUUUCCCCAUUUUCACACUGUACUAUUUCUCGUUUUGAUGCCGAUUAGAUUUUACACUUAUUUCAAGCAAUCUUUCCAGUACUAUUUGGCAGAUUUGUGCUACUAUGUGAAUCUUUUGUUGUUGUUGUUCAUUUGGGUAUUCCCUCAGUCGCCUACUUUGUUUGUGUCGGUGUUUUCGUUAUCCUUGGGAACAUUGUCAUGGGCUGUCAUCACUUGGAGAAACUCGUUAGUACUACAUUCUGUUGAGAAAACCACAUCGUCUUUUAUUCACAUUAUGCCACCAGUGACAAUGUUUGUUAUUGUUCAUGAACUAGACCCAGUGUAUGUCAAAGAGCGGUAUCCUGGAAUUGCUGCCAUUGAUAGCUGGAAUUUUUUCACCAGUCUUGUCAUUACGUCGAUAUAUUACACCAUUUGGCAAGUAUCUUACCACUACUUUAUCACAAUUAAACGUAAGGCCGAGAUUGAAAAGGGCAAAGUGACCUCAUUUUCGUACUUGAAAAAGAAAAACAAAUCUACACCAUUGGGAAAAUUUGUCAAUGGAUUGCCUUAUUUGUGGAUGCAAACCUUGGCGUUCACAUUAAUUCAAUUUGGAUACCAAUUACUAACAAUGUUGCCAUGCCCGAUUUGGUUUAGAUACAAACAUGCAUGUGGCGCAUUUGUUACUUUUAUAUUUAUAUGGGCAAGUUACAAUGGUGCCACUUGGUACAUUGAUGUGUUUGGAAAGAGACUAGAAAAGGAGGUUGAAAAGUUGAAAGUAGAAGUUGGUAAAUUACAACAAGAGAAUCAUCAAUUGCAGUCAUCCCCUGUGAAUAGACCGCGGAAUGGGGAAGAUGUGAAACAUUAUGAUUUGAAUGGUGAAAUGAAAGAGAAUGAAGGUGUUUCUGUAGAGUGA